GGCACAGCAAUAAAUCAAAAUAUCACAACAUUAAUGCUAUCGUCUUGGCUUUCAGCCAUCAGAUCCGCCGUCCUGAUUCAGCGAUGGUACCGUCAAUACAUCGCUCGCACCGAGAUGAGACGCAGAUACACCUGGCACAUCUUCCAGUCCAUCGAAUACUCUGGAGAACAGGCGCAGAUAAAGCUUUAUAACUUCCUCGGCUACCUCAUGGACAACUUCACGCCCGCAAGCAAUGAACGGAAUUUGAUCUCGCACAUCUUCAGAGAGAACGAGGUCUGCCGGGACGCAGAAUGGGAGAGGUACUUCUGCUACAAGAACAUCGAGGUUCCAGAGAUCUACUCGGGACCUCACCUCACCUUCCCCUUGACGGUGGAGCAGGCGGUCGGGCUGGUGGAGGCCUUCAGGAACAAGAAGCAGCUGCACUCGCGCUACGUCCUCCAGCUGUUACUUGAGACGUGGAAACACCUCCGGAUGUUGCCAAACAUCAACCGCAUCUCCACCUGUCAGAGCAAAGAAAUCACUAUUUGUGGGGAUUUGCACGGACAACUGGAUGACCUGCUGCUGAUUUUCUACAAGAAUGACAUGCCGUCCCUGGAGAAGCCCUACGUGUUCAACGGAGACUUCGUAGACCGAGGCAAAGACUCCAUUGAGAUCCUCCUCAUCCUGUUUUCCUUUCUGCUCGUCUAUCCGAGUGAAGUCCACCUCAACAGAGGAAACCACGAGGACCACAUCAUCAACCUGAGGUAUGGCUUCACAAAGGAGGUGUUGACUAAAUACAAGUUGCAUGGCAAACGGAUCUUGAAGCUGCUGCAGAAGAUUUUCAGCUGGUUGCCUUUAGCAACGGUGAUCGACCAGAAGGUGCUGGUGCUCCACGGCGGGAUUUCCGACACCACGGACCUCGCCAUCCUCGCCAGAGUGGACAGACACAAUUACGUUUCAGCGCUGAGGCCUCCGAAGAAGAGACACCAGAGCUCAGCGGGGAUGUCCAUCGACUCGGACAUGGACUUGGACACCUCGUGCCGCCACAAGUCGUUCCUGCGCCAGAACUCCCUCGCCUUCCUCAAACCCAUCAACCGCGACAGCUUCCAGAACCGCUCCCUGCAGGACUUCUCCGAUUGGCUCAAAGUGAGCGCGGUGGAGGAGGUGGAGAUCAGCGGCAGGAGACGCUCCAUCCUCGACAAGGACGUAAACCCGCUGGAAAACGAGAGGAUCACGGCCGCGUCCUCCGAGUCCAUCAACAGUCUGACCGUGGUCGACGAGUGGAAACAGAUCCUGGACCUGCUGUGGAGCGACCCGAUGACCCAGGACGGCUGCAUGCCCAACGAGGUGCGGGGCGGAGGCUGCUACUGGGGCCCCGACGUCACGGAGGACUUCCUGAACAGACACAACCUGCAGCUCAUCAUCCGCUCCCACGAGUGCAAACAGGAAGGUUACGAGUUCUGCCACAACCGCAAGGUCCUCACGCUGUUCUCUGCCUCCAACUACUACGACGUGGGAAGCAACAGGGGGGCCUACGUGAAGCUGGGUCCAGACCUCGUGCCUUAUUUGAUUCAAUACCAGGCCAGCAGCAUGAUCAGAGAGCUCACCGUCAGGCAAAGUGCCGGGCGAACCGAGCGCUCAGCCCUCAAAGUCCUGCGGGAGCAGGUGUUUGCGCACAAAUCCGACCUCCUCUGCGCCAUCAAAAGGUUCGACAGAGAGAACACAGGUCUGGUGUCCCUCAGCGACUGGGCCUCGGCGGUGGAGAGCGUGAUGCACCUCGGCCUCCCCUGGAGGAUGCUGCGCGCUCAGCUGGUCCCGGGCAAGAUCCACGGGGGUAUGAUCGACUACCACGAGUGGUUCAACGAGCUCGCCAUCAAAGGAGUCAACGCCGACCACAUCGACCAGAGUCUGCUGGAGACUUUGUAUCGUCACCGCUCCACCUUGGAGACCAUCUUCAGAAUCGUUGACUACGACAACUCGGGCUUCAUCACCAUCGAGGACUUCCAGCAGACCUGGAAGCUGCUGAGCGUCUACCUGAAGAUGGAGAUCACCGACGACACCAUCGCCGACCUGAUCGUCACCAUCGACCGCAACCAGGACGGCAGCAUCGACAUCGAGGAGUUCAUGGAGGCCUUCCGGCUCACGGACAAGAAGAGCCGGCUGGAGCGAGGCCGCAGCAUGUUCAUGGGGACGGCCACGGACCUGACCAAGCUGGACGGAGACCCCAACAUUUGAUGAGGGGACGCGGGGACAAAGAGAGAAAAAAACAGAAACGGAGAGUGACCUCAGCAGAGACUCCACGCCGGAGGGGGAGGGCGGGCGGGGUGGGGGGGGGGGGCAGAAGAGGGGAGCUAAUGCCGACGCAAGCUGCUUCGCUGACGCACUUUGAGACGCGUAGAUUUGCGCGGGAUCAGAGGCGAGCGGAUGUUUCAUCACACAGUAUUUUGUGGGAUGAGAAAGUACGGCGGAAACACACGCCGCAUUUUGUCUCUUUUAUUGAGCUAGAGUAGAUUAAGGGGGGGAGAAAUCCACAAAGACAGACACUAUAAAAAAACAUUACGUUUAGGCUUAGGAAUUUUAAUUGUAUUAUUAUUAUUACUAGGAGUAGUAUUGAUCAAUCCAAAUUUUAUUACAUCAAAACCAAAAUAUUCAGGAGGGAGAGAGAAACUUAAUACAUGACCGCCACAAUAUCUAAAAAAAAUGUGCUAAUAGCUAAUUGUUUUCAUAAUCAAUUAAUCUGCAAAUUGUUUUCCAUGAAUUGAGCAAUUUAUCGUUCUGUCAAUAGAACUUCAGAAAAAAGCCCAGUGCAAUCGCUGAGAUCCAAACGUGACUUCAUUCCAGAAUAUUAUCAAAUUAGUAAAUGUCCACUUUCAUCACAAGUGUUUGGAAAUUUUACAUUAAAAAUGACUCAAAAAAUGAUUAAUGUUUCACUUAAAAAUGAACUGAUUCUUCUGAUUAAUCCACUAAUUACUCCACAGUGAUUUGCACUCCUCUCGAAGACUUCUACGGAUACCCGAAACUCCGCAUGAACUAAAUUCAAAACAGGCUCUGAUUGUGCAGCUCGUGAAAUGUCGCCGGUGCCUUCGCAGUAGGAGCGAUCCGUCCUCCUAGAGGGGAAGUUAAAGGCUGCACUGAUGAGGCUUUGUUUUUUCGGUGCCAACGGCCAACGAUUCACUGGGGUCCCCCCUCGUCUCCCGUGGGAUCCGACGCCGCACCUUGUCCAGAACUGAGAACUCCUGCACUUAUGUAUUUGUUUCCUAGGAUGUAUCUCUAACUUCAUGUUGUUGGUCUCGAGCCCUCAUUUUUGCAAAAGGGGGUUUAUUUAUUUAAACUGGGAAAUUGGGGAAACCGCCGGUCUGGCUCCGACCGGAGGAAAAACAACUGACUGAUGCUUAAUCUGUUACAUAAACAGCUUUUUGAGAGGUGGUGACUGUGGGCAGGCUGCAGCAUCCUGUUCAGCCUGGUAUCACCCUUUUUAAAUUAAGUAUGUUUUAAGAACGCACAUCAUUUACCAAAAUGUUGAACCGUUCCUUCAAGAUAUGGAGACAUUUUUUUUUUUUAGGUAAAUCUUGCGUUUCCAUUGUUGGAAAAGUCUCCGCAUGUCGCUGAACAUAUUGGUAAAGUUUUGUUUUAUGACAAAAUAAAAUGUUAUUGUACGUGAGUUUUAUGAAUGCCGACCAUGUACAACUUUUACUGUAAAUACAUCUCAACCAAAGUUGUGUGUUUCUUUGUCUGAUCGAAGUGGUGUUUGUAGAAAAUAAUGAUGAGCCGUGACUGAUCAUAAUGUGGCUUAUUGAAGCACAGGACUGCAAUUUCUAGAACUACGUAACUGUAAUUUAAUAUAGCUGUAAAUGUAAAUUGUAUGUUGUUAGGUACUCAGGCCUGCUGCCUAUGGACACACAUGGUUUUGCCGAGGCUACCUGCAU